UACGACGUGAUGCACUGCACGCGCGACCUGUCGCACGAGCAGUGCAGGGAGUGCCUGGGCUCGCUGUUCGUUCCGAUGUCGCCGUUGUUCGUGGGAAAACAAGGGGGGAAGGUUACUCGGCGAGAGCUGCAGCAUGAGGUUCGAGCUCUACUCCUUCUUCGAAGGUUCCCCUACCCUCAACAUCUCUGUGCCCCCGCCGUCAGCGAUGCAACUGGCUCCGGCGCCCACCUCCUCCGGAGAUCCUGCGAGGGGUAAGGAAUUACCUUGGGGAACGAGAUACAAGAUCAUCAAUGGAAUUGCUCAAGGCUUGCUUUACCUCCACGAAGAGUCCCAGAUAAAGAUCAUACAUAGGGAUCUGAAAGCCAGCAAUAUUUUGCUAGAUGCAGAGAUGAACCCCAAAAUCUCAGAUUUCGACCUAGCCAAACUCUUCGACGGCGACCAGACUCAAGGCACCACCAACCGAGUCAUCGGAACUUUUGGAUACAUAGCACCGGAGUAUGCAAUGCAUGGUAAAUUCUCGAUGAAGUCAGACGUGUUCAGCUUCGGUGUUCUGGUUUUGGAGGUUUUGACGGGUAGAAAAAACAGCGGAAGCUAUGAUUCUGAGACCGCAGAAGAUCUUCUAAGAUUCGCGUGGGAGAAGUGGAGUGGAGGAGCUGCGUUGGAGAUUGUAGAUCCAGUUCUGGGCGACGAGUACCGAGGCAGCGACGUGCUCCGAUGCCUCCAGAUUGGGUUGCUGUGCGUGCAGGAGAAUCCAUCGGAUCGGCCCAGCAUGAUAACGGUGGACCUGAUGUUGAGCUCUGAAACGGUGUCCGUCCAAACUCCUUCCAAGCCUGCGUUUUGCGGCGCCAAGAGCUUCAAGGACGUGCCGGUCUUCAACAGCUCCGCUUUACCGGUCGGUGCACUGGAGAAGAGCGGCACUCGAUCCGUGGCCAUGUCGCCAAACGAGGUGUCCAUUUCAGAACUGGAACCCAGAUGAUAAAUUGUCGAUCACUACUCUUUCCCUUUGCAAGCUAUACUCUACUAGUACCAGUUGGAGCUGAAAGCUAAUUUAAUUUCCCAGAUGCA